AUUGAGAAUGCAUGCAGCAACCCGUUGUGCAGUUCGGACACUUGAUAUAACAGGCCAGCCGGUACGAUUAGGUUCGUGCAAUGGUUGUGCUAAGAAUUUGAAGCCUUCUCUGCCCUAAAUUUCAGCCAUGGAAGUUGGAAUUUGCGAGUGAUCGUUGUGCAGAAUAUUCGCUAGUCGGAUGUAGCGUACCGAUGUGUACCGAUCACUCUCGUAGCCAUCAUGGGCUGCGGUGGUGGUAAACUCGCCCCUGAGACGCCGGUAGAUCGCCACAUCGACUGGGUGAAGACGAUAGAGCCCGGCCAUGCCGGUGGAGGGGGCUCCUCGAUCAAGAACCAGUACCGCAAGAGCGACGUUAGUAAGGUACACCGCAAGCCGAAAUACAAAGCCAAAUUCGACCCUCGUGUGACGGCCAAGUAUGACAUCAAGGCACUGAUUGGCACGGGGAGUUUCAGCAGAGUUGUCCGGGUGGAACACCGGGCCACUCGCAACCCGUACGCCAUCAAGAUGGUGGAGAAGAGACGCGAGGGCAAACAGUGCUGGGAGGUGGAACUCAACAUCCUCCGGCGAGUUCGCCACACCAACAUCAUACAACUCAUUGAGGUGUUUGACAGUAAAGAGCGGCUGUACAUGGUAAUGGAGUUGGCGACGGGGGGAGAACUCUUUGAUCGCAUUGUCUCCAAGGGGAGUUUCAACGAACGGGAUGCGACUCGGGUGCUUAAGAUGGUCCUAGAGGCCGUUCGCUACCUCCACAGCCUGGGGAUAACUCACCGCGACAUCAAGCCUGAGAACUUGCUGUACUACCAUCCCGGUACAGACUCCAAGAUCAUGAUUACAGACUUUGGCCUGGCUAGUUGCAAGAAGGGCAUUGCCGAUCAGGACGAUGCGAUGAGAACAAUUUGUGGGACUCCAGAAUACAUAGCCCCGGAGAUCCUUCUGAGGAAGUCGUACAAUCAGUCAGUUGAUAUUUGGGCGAUCGGUGUUGUGACGUACAUUUUGCUCAGUGGUAGAAUGCCAUUUGAUGAUGACAAUAGAACUCGCUUGUACCGCAAAAUACUGCGAGCAAAGUACUCCUUCGCUCAUGAGCCAUGGAAGGACAUCUCGGCAUCCGGUAAGGACUUCAUCGCCAAGCUGCUGAUCAUCUCCCCCGGCGAGCGGCUCCCAGCCGCCGAAGCUCUGAAGCACCCUUGGAUCGUCACCAAUGCAGCCCAGUCAAGCCUCAAGAACCUGCACCGUGCCAUCAGCCACAACUGGCUCAAGCACACCUCCACCCGCAGCCGGUCCAGCAAGUCGGCCCGCUCGGCGCGGUCCACCAGGUCUAAUCGCUCUAACCGGUCCAAUCGAUCCAGCAGAUCGGACAAGAUCCGAGUGCAGCUGAGUGAGCUUACAGAUCUCUCCAAAGAAUACAAAAAGGAGACAAGGUAGCCUCCAGUAGUGUGGUUGCCCGAAUCCCCUAUCCAUGCUUCCCAAGAUGUGGUGCUGGUGACAGCUAGCUUCUGGCCAGGCGCUGGUCCAUUUCUAGAGAUUUUGGUCACAUUUGUUUCAACGGUUGCCUCUGUCGAGUGUCACUAGCUGGCUUCAUUCCGAACGUCGGUGGAUCUAAAAUCAAGAGUCUUCCUCUUUGGGAGGGGCACUAGGAGAAUGUCGGGGGGAAUACAUAUAUCUAUAAAGGGAGCGCUUGGAGAAAUAUCAGUAGACCUAAAACAUGACGUCACGUUUUGCCUACAUGUACGUUUUCCAAUGGUAGUAAGAUAGGACAGGGUUUAUCAAGCCACCACAGGAAAGCACACAUGGAAACUACACAUGACAUUAUGGCCGUUUUCCAAUAUUCAACUUCGUCUCCGUCUCUGGCUUUGUGUAGGAAACCAAUCCCUGAUUGUGGGCCAG